AAUGGAUCAGGUACAAUCCAAACCAGAGGGUGAAAAUACCGAAGAAGAGAUUGAUAUGAUCAGCUUCAGGAAAACCAACGACAGUGUUGAAGAGAACAUGACUGAUCUUGACAACGGAGAAUAUAUUCUCAUCAAAAACAAGCUCUUACAAGGCUCUAAAGAAAGCUCUAUUGAAGACUCAAAGGCAAAGUCCCAUCUUGAAAGCUCUUAUGGACUGAAUCCUUGCAGCUCAAUUGAGAAUUCAAGCAAGAAUGCACUUGAUAGUUCCAAUAAAUUUAAGAGGCCAUCCAAUGGAAAAAUGAGCAAAGAUAAAUUAUUUGAAUACUUAAUUAAAAAGGGUUUGAGAACUCCAACGCAUCCUUCUGAAAAUACAGAUCCUAACAUUGAGACAUUACAUGGUGAAUUCUCUCAAAAUAUCAGGCAUAAUCAGGCGUCAAUAGAAACAUUGGGUAAAUAAAAUUGUCAGUUCCAGAAACAUGCAAGGGACUGGCAAAAGUUUGAGCUAUAAAAGCCUACACAGUACUAAACCUCAUAGUAGGAAUGCUGGUACCACUGAAACCAAGAGUUACUUCCAAAACGCUCCGAGAAUCUCAAGCCAAUAUGACAGUCGAGAGGAGUCAGGCUCCUCCAAAUUUGAUCACAGCAUGUCAUUUCAAAACAUCACAAGUUUGAAAAAUCUUCAAAAGAUGCAAAAACUUGAAGAACAGUUGGAAAAAUACCAGGAAAUUGAGCAGAGAGCAGAGGAACUUGCAAGCUCAAACCAAAAACUAACCUAUCUUCUUAAGAAAACUCAGCAGAAGGUUUAUACUCUUGAGAAGAAGGUCAAGACAAUAGAGAAUAAGAAGAAUAAAGCCAAAGAACUUCUUACUAGCAUGGAAUCUGAAAAAGACCAAAUCUGGGAGAAAUGGGUUAAGUUGAAUGCUAAACACAAAACUGAAAUGUCCAAGAAGGAAAAGGAAUACAACCUUCUCAAGGGGAAGAAUCACGCUCAUCUCAAAGACCUAGCAGAAAGACUUGAAAAGCUUGAUCGUGAGAAUGCCCAAAUCAGGAAAGAAAGAGAUACCCAAAGAAUGGAAAUAGAAGAACUGAAUGAAAAGAUCAGAAAGACCCACAGAUCCUCUUCUAAAGGACGAAGGAGAAGAGACAGUACACAGAAAAGAGAGAGAUCCAGAAGUAAAGUACAAAGAUGCAAGAUCAAGGUCAUCACACUCCUUCAACAAGAAGUUGGAGGGACUGAUUACAAGCACACAUCUGCACUACCUCUUGAUGUCCCUGGCUUCAUUGAGGAGGAAAGAUUAUUUGUAUCCAAUAUGGAAGAGAAGUUCCAACAUUUAUCGAAGGAAGAUGCUCGCCUGUCUGUUUUAGCAACUAAAGCCGUCUCUAGGAUCAAGACUUUGAACAAAAUUUGAAAGCUUCUUAAAAAUGAGCUUGAGAAUUCAAAUACAAUAGCUGGAAAUAUGGAGAAGGAAUACAAGAAAAUCCUCGGAAAGGGUGGUGACUCAAACAUUGCUCAUACAAAAACCCACAGAGAUUAUACUGAAAAGAAAUAUGGAUCGAUCUUGAACUCAACAUCAAUCUCUCAAAGAAAUCAGGAGCUUGAACAAUCCAAUCUCCUGAUGAAUAGGAAGUAUUCUUGUACUCAGGAUGGAAAGCUAUCAAAUACGUUAAUAAAUCAUAACGAUUCUCAUGGAAUGAACUCAGUAAUGCUUUCUCCAGAGAAAGACUACAAUCAACCCCAAGCGUAUACAGAUAGGGACUUCAGUCAGGUCAAUUUCUCUCCAAUCAACGACGAUCCUCACAGAUCGAGAAAUUGCAACAUCAAGGAGUCUCAGAGCGCAGCUACUCUGUCUAUUCAUCAGCUUCAGAAAUCCAGGAUCCCUGAGACUAAAAACUACGAUAAUUAUAGGAAUAAGUAUGAACUCAGCAAGGACACAAUUUAUGACAAUAGAGGAAGGGUAUCCUCUCACAAUAAAGACAAGAGGGAUUACUACAAAGAUGGAAAAACUAAAGCCAAGAACCAUACCUUGCUCAGAAAAUACAGCGAAAACACUCUCGCUAGAGGAGAGAAAUCUAAAAGUUAUCUAAACGUUGUGAAAAUGACCACUCAGUCAAAUAUGGCUAACUUUCCACAAUCUGCGAGGAACUUUAGAGGACAAGCUUCACAUAUGUUUGAUGGGUCUAAGCUCAGGGCUUGUCAUAGCGGGCUAACCUCCCCUCAGACUCAGAAUUAUAUGGCAGAAGUAGAGUCUGAUUAUUCCAAAGGCAAUAGCCAGUCUUAUUCAAAUAUCUUUAAACAGAGGAGGAACACUAAUACAGCUGCUGAUCAAUCGAGCUCAUCAAAAAGAUCGUCAAAAUUGAAUUGAGCUUUGCCUCAAAGUUAUUUUUAUAAUUAA